GAGUGGAAGGAACAGGAUGGAUCGAUGCUGAACCUCAGCCUCCACCAGCCCCGAGCUCACACAGUGCGAGCUGAGGACAGCUGUCCUGUGCAGGACUCCCCACCUCAGACCACAGGAGGCUUCGACAGUAGGAAAAAACCAAGUGUGUCCCCCCGCCAUGCAGUAAUUGGAGCCCGACCCUUCUGCUCCCCUGAGUACAGCCUCAACUUCCACAAGUUAGGCUCAACAUUACCUCACAGCACAUUCGGAAGAAUGUCCAAUAUCAAAGCAGAUACCUCCAUCCCUCUGCAGCCCUCUACCAAUACAUGCGUGCCGUACCUAGAGAAAAAGAGACUCCUGGACAGACAAGAGGAGAUCCAGGAGGUGAAGCAGCUGGACAAGUGGAAGCCUGCUGUCUGCAUCUUUACAGCAGUGCUGGAGGGCUUAGAUGACAAAGCCAGCUGACGAAUCAUACAGCUACUAUAAUACUAACUGCACACUCUUAUCUUCAUCUGAACUCUAUAAGAGAUACACACUUUGGAUGGAUUUAAGACAAAUAAGAGCAAAAUGUAUCUACCACAUUGUCAAAGAGUCAUCUGUCUAUUUGUCUCUCUAUUCCAUUUUUCUUGGUGUCACUAAGGGUGGCUGUUCUAGCUUUUUGCUUGUAUUUGUUUCUCUUCAUCCUACAAGUGCUUGGAUAUCAGUUACUGUAAGACUGAGGGCCCUGUCACCCUUGGUGAGCGUCUGUAGUCCUAGUUUUUGCUCUCGUCAGGCCGACUGAUCAUGUUGAAUCAGGCCAUCGGUGAGAGAAAUCGCUCUGAUUGGCUGUGCAGCUUAAGUGCACCAGAAGAGAAACAGAAGUGAGCAAACGACUUCAUCGAAAGGGCACGUAUGAAAGGAUCGUCUUGUUUUUCAGCUUUAUCUCUGAUCUGAACACGAUAUUUCUCGAUUAGAAGCUGCUGUUUAACAAUAUCUGAGCGAGAGUGGGCAAACCUACGUCCACAGGGCUGCUUUUGCUUAUAUGUGCAGUCCUAGGUCUUCCAGUGUCCCACCUGCUGGUAUGGAGAGGCAGGCAUAGAACGUACGUGCAGUGUGCUCUAGUGUCACUUUUUGGCCAAGACACAGGCGACGUGAGGUGAUGUAACACCUCUUGGCUCUUGAUGCUGCUAGUCCGUUGAUGUUGGUUUGGUGUGUCAGGGCCUUUACAGCGUCCAAACUUUGGAGGUUCAAAGUUUUAGCCACUCCAAUAGCCACCGUUAACUUCUGAAUGGUAGGUAAAAGUAAUAUACCUUCUCUA